GAGGACCCCAGGUGACCCCUGGCGACCCCUGGCGACCUCUGGGGACCUCCGGUGGCCUCUGGUAUCAUCGUAGAUCUCCACAUGGAUACCGUUCUCCAAAAUGAAACCUUUAAGCAUCCUUGGGCAAGCUGCCCUAAACCGUAAACUGCAUUGGAUUAAAGCGCGCCUAAUAAAGUAACUAAACAGUAACUAUGUAUCUAUGUUUGACCCAUAGGGAGGCCCGGACCCCUUGGUUGGACAGUCAGGGGGACGGGGUGCAGGCCGGACCCUCCGUAGACGGGGACCUCGUCCGGGGGCCGUUAUCCCAGUCUGGGGGCCUCCUCACCAGGCAGACCGCCACCCCUCGCCUCAUAGAGCAGCAGCUGGGCUUCCUGGGGCUCCCCAACCUGGCACAGAGCUGCUAUUUAAACUCCACCCUGCAGAGUCUCCUGACCCUGAGGGUCUUCAGUCAGGAGAUGGAGCAGACGCAGUGGGCUUGGAGCUUAGCCCCUUCUGCACAGCUGCUCAGGGAGUUUGCGGCCAUUGGGACAUCACGUUGCUCUGGCAACAACGGCCACAAGAUGGCAGUGCUGAGUUCGUUUAAGAAGAGGGUUUCGCUGCAGGCCCCAGAGUUCAAGGACGGUGGACAAAAAGACGCCCAUGAGUUCCUGACCGCUGUGCUGGACCAGUUGAGGGGUCUGUCCCUCCUGCUAAAGCCAGCCGCUCUGGGCAUGGUGGGAAGGACCUACUCCUGCCCCGUGGAGGCUCACCUGCUCUUCAACAUGAGGAGAACCAGGACCUGCAAGGGAUGUGAGGGCCAGUCCUCGUCCAUGGAGGUCUUCAACAACCUGUCCCUGGACCUGGAGCCUGGAGGCUCGGUGAGCCAGGCCCUGGACAGAUACCUCACGGAGAGCUCUCUGAAGUACGCCUGCCAGUGCGGAGGAAAUACAUCUGGCAUGCAGACCUGCUUCCUGACCCUACCUAACGUUCUGGUCCUCCACCUGAAACGCUUCCGCUUCACCCUCACUGGGAGGAUAGAGAAGGUGGAGGAUGAAGUCCUCCUGUCCAGAAACCUGGGACUCAGCAUUGGGACAGGUGCUGAAGCUUUGUCCCUGUCCUGUUCAGAAGAUCCAAUAUCUUAUCCAGUUAUAUCUCUUGUUUCAGUAUUAUGUACACAAUGAGAGAAUAAUCAAGGCCAGACAUAGACAAAGAGUAUAUGUUGAUUGAAUAACUGAAACGAUGAAUAGGUAUAGCCUUUACUAACCCUUCAAAUGAUUUAUUUCAUACUACAGAGGCAGGGAGUGAGGAAAGCAACAUCAUGGUGAGAAGAAGAGAGAGAGAGAGAGAGAGAGAGAGACAGAGAGAGAGAGAGAGAGAGAGAGAAUAUUAGGGAGAUAAGAAGCUAAUAAAUUAUACAAAUUUGUCUUUUUAAUAACAUAAAGCAAGAUAAACAUACAGAAUACUUGCUUAUAUAAGGUAAUAUAGCCGCCCUAACUUGAGCUUAACUUCAACCUGAACUGUUAGUAAGAUGAAGGGAGAAGAAGUGCAGAAAAUGUUCUCUGUGUGUGAACCUGUUGCUGUCCUGCCGACGCCGUGCUCACUGUUCAGUAUGAUACGCGUUUCCUUCCCAGGAGAAGUACACACUUGUGAGUGUACUGAGCCACAUCGGUGCCCGGGCUACAUCAGGUGACACAAACACGCACAAACACACACAUACACUUUGGGAGUUUUGUGUAUGUCGCUUGCAGUUACAUUGUCCUGGGUAGAUUGGUAAUUGAACGAUUGACUUAUUGAUUAUUGAUGAUCGAUCAUGAGGAUGAUAUGAUAGGGCAUGUCAGAAAUGUAUCUUUGAACCCGCCCCCAGGACAUUACAUCAGUGAGGGGGCCUAUCCGGAAGAGGGCAACAACCUGGCUGACCAAUGGCUGCGCUACAAUGACCUGAAGGUGUCACGGACCACCGGCAGGGCCGUCUGUCGCCGGCGGCAACGCACGGCCUACCUGCUGUUCUACCAGCGACAGGUGUAGAACAGUCUGGGGUCUGGGUGGGGGGUGGGGGAAGGGCCCUCUGGUCUUGGGUGGGUGGGAUGUUGAGGAGCAGACCAACAUCCCAUCCCAGAGUCCCAGAGCCCCCUGAGACCACCCUGAGACCACCAUGAGCCCCCCCAGGAGCGAUGGAGGCCCAGACUCAGUGGUCUCCUCCACCCAGGCAGCCCCAGCCCUCAGCUCCUGCUGCAGCAGAUUCCCCUCGCCGAGUUUGCUUCAUUGCAACGGGGAAAACUGGGGCAGAAGUUGGCCGGUGGAAAGAACCAUUGGUGUGGUCAGCAGCUCAGUACAAUCACCAGACCGACGGCCCCCCCCUCCGAGGUGGCCCAGGUACGCGCCCCACCGAGGGAAUGGAGCUCCAGGAGGGUAGAGCUGCUGCC